AUUAGGCACAGUGGAAGUACGCAAUGACUUUUUCUAGUCUCUUUGCGUUAGUUUUAACAUUUCAUGUUUUCUUUGCAUCUAGCACUUCAAUCAAACUUCAAAAUGGUGGCUAUGAAGACAUUGUUAUUGCAAUUAAUCCAGGACUGCGAGAAAAUGUCAAAAUUAUUGAAAAUAUUCAGAAUAUGAUAAAAGACGCUACACCGUAUUUAUUCAGUGCUACAAGGAAUAGAGUCUAUAUAAGAAGUGUAAAAAUCUUAAUUCCUAUAACUUGGCCAAACAAGAACUAUACAAAGGCAAGAACAGAAACUUAUGAUAAGGCAGAUGUGAUCAUUGCCAGCCCUCACGUCAAGUUUGGAGAUGACCCAUAUACUUUGCAGUAUGGUGGAUGCGGUGAACCAGGAAAAUACAUUCACAUGACACCGGACUUCUUCCUUGAUGACAACCUGAUUUCAAUUUACGGACCUCGAGGGAGAGUGUUUGUCCACGAAUGGGCUCACCUACGAUGGGGCGUGUUUGAUGAAUACAACUAUGAAAAACCUUUUUAUGUCACUGGAACUAAGAACAUAGAAGCAACAAGAUGCUCUGCUGAUAUUAUUGGUACCUACAUGAAACUAUGUCAAGGGAGAAUCUGUAACUGCAUCCGUGACCCACAAACAGGCCUUUAUGAAGAUGGCUGUGUCUUUGUACCUGAAAGAAACCAGGCUGCCAAAUCAUCUAUCAUGUAUUCACAGGCGCUGCCUUCUGUUACCGAAUUUUGUGAGAAGAACCAUAACACGGAGGCUCCAACAUUACAGAACCGGAUCUGUAACUCUCGUAGCACAUGGGACGUCAUUAUGAACUCCACGGACAUAAAGUCCACUCCUCCAAAGGCCGACUCCAAUCUUCCAGUUCCCACCUUCUCCCUGCUGCAGAGUUCUGAUAGAGUUGUGACUCUGGUGCUUGAUGUGUCUGGAAGUAUGGCCAGUGGUGAUCGAAUUGGACGACUGUACCAGGCAGCAGAAGUGUUUGUUAUGCAGAUUGUUGAAGAGGGCUCUCAUGUUGGAAUUGUCACAUUCUCAACCACUACAACUGUCCUUUCCAAAUUGGUACAAGUAAUUGAUGACACUCAGCGGAAUAAACUAAAGCGUCUCCUUCCAAAAACUGCUGCUGGUGGAACAAACAUUUGCAAGGGAAUUAGGGAGGGCAUCAAGUUAAACAAAGAACAUGAUGGAUCAUCAUCCAACACUGAGCUCGUCCUUCUAACAGAUGGAGAAGAUAACUAUGACACAUCACUUUGCUUUCCUGAUAUAAAGAAUAGUGGAGCGAUCGUUCAUUUCAUUGCUCUGGGUCCAAAUCCAGGCACAAAACUUGAACAGAUUGUAGAAAUGACAGGAGGAUUACGCUUUCUAGCAACAGAUAAAGUAGAUGCUCUAGGAUUAAUUGAUGCUUUUAGCAGCCUCAAAGCUGGAGAUGGGGCCACUACCCAGCAUGCUAUUCAGCUGGAAAGCUCUGGCUCAAUUCUUAAACCAAAGAAUUGCUUAACUGGCACAGUCUUUAUUGACAAGACAGUGGGGAAUGGAACGUUCUUUCUUGUCACUUGGGUAACCUUGGUACCAAGCAUCACUCUAAUAGACCCAAAUGGAAAGGUAUACACGUCUAAGGAUUUUACCUCCGACACAACUUCAAAAUCCUCGAGACUUAAAAUCCCAGGAACAGUUGAGAGAGGAGCUUGGCAAUACAACCUGUGCAAUAAUCAUACAGCAAAUCAAGCCAUAGGCAUUUUGGUGACAUCUAUGGCAGCAGAUGAAAAUGUACCUCCGAUUACAGUGAAUGCUCAUAUGAAUCGGGACAACAAUAAUUUCCCUGAGCCAAUGAUUGUCUAUGCAUCAGUAAAUCAAGGACUAUUGCCUGUGGUAAAUGCCAAUGUAACAGCCAUUAUUGAGCCAGUAAAUGGAAAGUCAGUCCCUUUGGAACUUUAUGACAAUGGAGCAGGUGUUGAUAUUGUAAAGAAUGAUGGAAUCUACUCAGGAUACUUCUUUGAAUUUCACGGAAAUGGAAGAUACAGUUUAAAAGUGCGAGUGGAAAACAGCAAGAAGAAAAGCCGACUGGCACUGCCAAGGAGCCGAGCUCUUUAUAUUCCUGGCUAUCUCGAAAAUGGGCAAAUAACCAUGAACCCAUCAAGGCCAGUAAUUAAUGACGAGGACUUUUAUCUGGGAGAAUUCAGUAGAACAGCUUCUGGUGGAUCUUUCAUAGUAAAUAAUAUACCGCCAGGUGUCCAACCAGAUUUGUAUAAACCCGAGAAAGUAACUGACCUGGAGGCAAAAAUAGAGGGAAACACAAUUGUGUUGACUUGGACAGCGACUGGGGAUGACCUGGACAAAGGAACAGUUUCAGGAUAUGACUUAAGAAUGAACACAAAUCCCAGUGACCUCAGAAACAAUUUUGACAAUUCUACGACAGUCAAUACUUCCAGUCUAAUGCCACAAAUAGCUGGAUCUAGUGAAUCGUUUACAUUUGUUCCAAACAAUAUUGCAAUAGAAAAUGGCACCAUCCUUUAUUUUGCACUUACUGCUUUUGAUAAAGUUGCACACAAAUCAGAUCUGUCAAAUAUCGCACAAGCGGCUCUGCUCAUUCCUCCAACUCCUGCUCCCACUACAGUCCAGCCGUUACCUGCUUCUACUACAGUCCAGAAAACACCUGCUCCCACUACAGUCCUACCUCCUUCUUCAGAUGAUAGUUCUGGGACCCUGGACAUAACAUUCCUGACGAUGAUAGUUUGUUCAUCUGUCAUUAUUAUUUGUAUUAUUAUUAGUAUUACUGUGUGUAUCGUCAACUGCAGGAAAAAGAAACGUAACCCAGAAAUAAGACCGUAAAUAAUAUAUGUUAUUAAUUCAUUCAAAUAAAUUGUUUAAUAUUAAACUCCUGUAAAACAUU